GGAGAAGCGGCCGCAGCCGCAGCCGCCUCGGAGCUCUGAGGAGCUGGAGGAUCUGCAUAAGCUGCUGCACUUCCCCGAGGAGGUGGCGCUCAGGUUGACGGAAAGCGAGUACCAGCUAUUCUACCAGGUACCACCACACGAGUACCUAAGGCACGUGGCACAGGAUCAAACCACGUUGCAGAAACCACCUGCCAGGCCACCCCCGUCGCCGAGUCGCAGCUGCAGCAACCCCAGCACCAUCAACAGCUCGACCCAAACCGAGGACGAAUCAGCCUGGCCUGUUGCCACGGUGUACUCUACCGUGCAGAUCCUCAUCGAUCGUUUUAAUGAGGUAAGCUCAUGGGCCACCCACGCGAUCAGCAGCUGUGCCACGGUAGAAGAACGGCAGGCAGUGCUGUCCUGUCUUCUACGCGUCGCGCUAACCUGUUGGAAUACCGGAAACUUUAAUUCAGCUAUGGAGAUAAUUGCCGGUCUGAAGUCCAACAAGCUGAAGCCGAUUUGGCAAGAACGAGGCAUGAACGAGCGCAUACCGGUCAUGGAGUAUCUCUCCUCCGCCCUUUUGUCUUCCGAAUACGAACAUGCGCUUGCUCGCGCUCUCGCGAUGCCGGAAUGCCCGGUGGUGCCAUUCUUCGGGGCUUUCCUGCGCGAGCUGCGGGAAGUUAUCGCGUGCGAUAUAAAGCCCCAGCCCGAGUUCAAGGAAAAUCGCGAAUCACCACGUGUUAGCAUUAAGGAGAGCGAACCUCAAGAACACGUGCCUUCCUCUGCGCCGGUCGCCAGGAUCGCCGUCGAGAGUAACACAGAGACGCCGUCGGGAUGGAGUUCAAGGAGCGGCUCUUUGAACAAACCGGAGAACCCCAUCGCACCAGUCCACGAUACAAAUUCCGUUCUCGACAAAGUCGCGCUCUUUCACAAGCAUCGACAUGCUCGUGGCAGAGACGCGACUACUGGUUCCCUUCAUCGCACCCUGAGCGUUCACACGACCGCAAUUGAGCAAACCUACAUGGCGGAGGAAUGCGACGAGAAUGACUAUCAUCUUGAUUUAGACUCCUACAAACCCGUGCAGCCGCUCAAGAUCGACCACGGAGUCGCUUUGUUUCCCGUUGCCGCGCCACACACUGGCAUGGAUCUUCAUCUUCUGCAGGUGUUACAUCAUGGCACGACGUUGGUGCAUUGGGACUGUGAGGGUGGUACCUCGAGAACAGCAUUGGUGUUCGCGCGCGUCGAUCGCGCUUGUGGCACUUUCGUGUGGGAAAAGCCACCCUGGAGUCCUCUAAAAACGGCGCAAGUUGGAAGUACCGCUCCUACAGAGGUUUCGCUAACCACAAACCCGGAGGAUGCGAUACCAGCGGGCCUAGUCGGCAGGUACACGCAGCAGCAGGCUGACUGCGCUUCUGUCACUUUGGAGGAGGGAUAUCUCGACCUGGGAUCGGUGAAAGAGAUAAUGAUCGGCUGUUGCGAUCGCGAUCGAGAGGCUGAUCUCAGGAGCAUCUGCAAGAGAUACGGCCUACCUGGCUCCGACUGCUGCAUCGGCCUUAUGUAUGGCUCCAAUCUUCCGGACAAUCGACUGAUCUUCCUACUUUGCCCUCCCGCUCUUAGCAAAAUAUGGUACAUGGGAUUGUGUUGGAUAUUGCGAGGCCUCAAACGACAACAACAGUUAACAGAUCGUAGAUCGCGCUGGUUGAAAGAAAAAUAUCUUCAGUUAUACUUUUCCUACUUGGAACAGCCGAUAGAAGGCUUGGAACAGCCGACGACAGCCGACGCUAUUCGCAUUUUCGGCGGUCGCGACUGGUCUAUGACAGAAAGUGUUGGCACGCUGUCUCCAACGAGCAGCAGCACUCUACGCAGACGAAAUGUUAAAGGCAAAAAGACAAAAUCGAUCGGCAACAUUCAUGCUUUAACCAAGGAUCUGAGUAUAAAACAGUACGACUCCUCGACCUCGGAUGGAGGUCUGUGCGCUACACCUCUUCGUCAUAUCGCUGGAAGCAGAGAAUCUUUAACGAGAAUCCUGCCAGCAUCACCCAGAACAAGCCGAGACCGAAUCCCGCCACGUAGUCCACCCGGUUCCGCCGACCGUAUCACUUCCAACUUGUCUUACUCCGCUUUUCAAAGUUUGUUAUGUGUCGCCAGAGAAAAGGACAAGAACGGAUCUGGUGGUAUAGGAGGCUUAGAGGCUCCUUGGCACAUAAAAGCACGUACUACCUCGAUCAUGUACGAGACACAAUUGAACUUUGUGGAGUUCGUCGCGCUUUUCCGAUCGUUCAGCUUACGAGCCAGAAAAGAUUUGCGUGAUCUGUUCGGCCAAUUAGCAAUAACAUGUCGUAGCCAGAGUGAUGGAUCAUUAAGGGACUUUAACAUUCGCCCGGUGGUACUCAGACAGACUAGUGAUGCCACUCCACAAAGAAUCGGUUUAUUGACGAGAAACAACUCUAUUGACUGUCACGAAUACAAGACGGGCAGCAACCUACAAAAAAAGCAGAUCUUUGAUGCUGUCGCGGCGGCUAGUAUAAUCAAUAAUUGCUCGGGCGUGGAUACGUCAAAAUCCCAAGUAAUUACUCUAGCAACAUUUACGAAAUUUCUGGAAUCUCGGCAGCAGGAAAAGUUGAGUGACGACGAAAUCAAGGCGUUGAUCAAGAGGCACGAACCGGAUCCGGCACUUCGCACACAGUGGUGUUUGUCUUUCGAGGGUUUUGCACGGUAUAUGAUGGACAAGGACAAUUAUGCCUUCCCGAACGAAUAUGCAACACCGUCCGAAACCGAAAUGCAGCAGCCUCUGUCGCAAUAUUACAUUGCAAGUUCCCACAACACGUAUUUAACCGGACAUCAACUGAAAGGAGAGUCCUCCGUACAGUUAUAUUCGCAGGUGCUUUUAACCGGAUGUCGCUGUGUAGAGCUCGAUUGUUGGGACGGUGAUGAUGGAUCACCAUUGAUUUAUCAUGGUCACACUUUCACUACAAAAAUACCAUUUCGCUCGGUUGUGGAAGCGAUAGAUCGAAGCGCCUUUGUCAGUUCUCCUUAUCCCAUAAUCCUUUCCAUCGAGAAUCACUGUUCGCCAAGUCAGCAAGCUCGUAUGGCUCAAAUAUUUCAGUCCGUUUUUGGCGAGAAAUUGGUGACGAAAUUUCUCUUCGAGUCCGACUUCAGUGACGAUCCUCAACUGCCUUCGCCUUCGCAACUUCGUUACCGAAUCUUGAUAAAAAAUAAGAAGUUGGUGAUUGAUCCUGCCGGUCCCUUGUCACACACACCCCUUAGUCAUCGCGGGAAAAUGCUCAUAACGGAUCGCGCAUCUUCCAUGAAGCAAAUGCGGACUGAUGUAAGCAGCACAUCAGUCGUCGAAUAUUUUAGCGAGGAUGAAGACGAUGAAGAGGAUGACGACGAGGAUGACAACAUCGAUGAUAAUUCGAUUUCGAGCUACGAGAGAUAUCUGGGUGGCGGCCAAGUGCCGCACGGUCGUUUAAAAUCGGAUCCAGGGGUGGACGACAAGACGCAAAAACAAAGCAGCCAAAUAGCCAAGGAGCUGUCGGACUUGGUAAUUUAUCUGCAGGCGAUUAAAUUUCGCGGACUAAAUACCAUGCCAGCCGGACCGGGAAAAAUACGCCAUCAAUCGCAUACAGGACCAGUUCAGAGGCACAGCAUCGCCGGUAUAGGACCCAGCAGUAUAGCUUCCUCAUCAGGUUCGCCGCAAUCACUUUCAACGUCCGCCUCGAUCGCAAGCGGCGGUAGCAACAUCGAUAAUAUCUUCAGAUCCACUCGCGGAAUGCCAGCCUGCUUCCAAUGUUCAUCUCUGAACGAAAGCUCGGCGAAGAAAAUCUGUAGGAAACAACCAUUAGGCGUAGUCGCCAUGCUGAAACAUGCGUUAAAUUAUCAAACUGAUGACGCGGGAUUAAAUCUGAACUCAGCCAUGUUUGAGCAAAGCGGUCAAUGCGGAUAUGUUAGAAAACCUUCAGUGAUGUGGGAUAAAGGACAUAUGAUGUACAGACGAUUCAACCCUUGGGACAAAGAAUUCGACGGGCUGCAUUCUGCGCAUUUAAGUCUAUCAAUAGUCUCAGGACAAUACGUUUCGGUUACGAACUUCGUCACCAGCACGUACGUUGAGGUCGAGUUGGUCGGUAUACCGAUCGAUUGCGCGAAACACAAAACAAAGGUGAUCCAGAACAAUGCGUUGAAUCCCAUCUGGAACGAAAAAUUCUGCUUCCAAGUGAUGUUCAAGGAUCUUGCCUUCCUACGUUUCGGUGUUAUCGAGGCGAGCUCUCAUCACGUGAUCGCGCAACGCGUAAUACCGCUUAAAUGUCUACGACCUGGCUAUCGACACGUACGAUUACGAUCUUGUAAAAACAAGCCAUUAGCCCUUUCUACGCUUUUUAUCUAUUCCCGCUUAGAGGAGGAGAGUUUGGACUAUAACACCUGCUGCCGCGAUCAUAAAGAGUCAUCUAAGCGUCUCUCGUCGAGCAAAGAGCCUGAGAAACUGAGCACCGUUGAUCCCGGAUCCCUGGGUGGUGUCACCUUGAAGAGACGAAUGUUCUUCCUGAUGGUUUAUCACGUGAUACCAGACGAGCCGUAUACCAUUCUGAAAGUGACCCAGGAGAGUACUACGCAAGAAGUGAUGCUACAGGCGUUGCAGAAGGCCGGGAUAUCGCCGGAUCAUGUAGAUGAGUACAUUUUGGUAGAGGAAGUGUCCCGCGGAUGGGAGAAAAGAGACAAGGAAGAACUACCGACUCAACGUGUGCUGGACCCUACAGAACAUCCCCUUCAAGCACAGGCCCUAUGGAAAGGGCAAGGUCGCUUCCUGUUGAAGCGAGUAGGCGACGAUCCAAGCAGUAGAGCGUGGCUCGCCUCUAUCAGGAGCACGGCCGGCCACUCGAAGCUCAACGAUUCCAACACGAGGGACCAAUCCACUCACAUAUGGGACGAGGCAGACACCUUUCUAGUCUGCAUUUAUAACGUCUCACCGGAGAUCCCUUAUGCGAUUCUACGUGUGCCGAUAAGCAGCUCGGCUCAGGACGUGUUAGCGCAAGCUCUGAUAAAGGCCAGAAGAAUGGAGAACCCAACCAAGUUUGCCUUGGUCGAGGAGCUGGAAUGGGGUGGUGCGGGCGCUGUCGGAAGCGGAAAUCGUCAGUUAAGAGUAUUGAGCGACGAUGAAAAUGUUUACACCACGCAAGCCUUUUGGAAAACUCUCGGCAGGUUUAUCCUCAGAGAAAGAGAACAAGCGAUUCCGAGACGGAACUUGUUGCCAGCGACCCUCGAUAGACUCAGUAAGGGAUUUUCUGUGGGCAGAUCGGUGUCCCUGCCAGGAUCCAGCAAAGAAAAGGUGCCUGUUUCGGAAGCACUGUCGGACCCCACUUCUAGAGGCCUGAGACAUCGGCUAAUGAUGUCGGGACGUAGACGAGAAGUUCAUUCUGAUGGAGAAGAUACGCGUGAAUCUGACAUACUGAAUGUUGCUUUUCAAUUGAAGAAGGUCUCGUUCAGAAAAUUGAUGAGCUGGAAGUCAUAGUGGCAGUCAAGGGCGUCGUCGAUAUCAUCGAUCUUCGCCGCUCGGAGAAGUCACCCGUAAGCUCGUAGUCCAAUUACUAUGAUCAGAAAUUAGUUCUGGUCUCGCGAAACAUUUUUCAUGCCGACGAUCCUGUCGAGGUGCGAUCUCAAACUAAAAGAAGAGCUUCGGAGAGCUGAAAGAUUUCACUUUGUCAAGAAUUUAUGUAAUACAAGCGUCACACGGACGAUUAAACAAGUUAGAAUCUGUAAGUCGUUAAGCCGAAUGAUAGAACAAGUGGUACGAUCAGAAUAGUUAAAUAUCUAUCGCGAUACUAAAGAAAUAUCAGACAACGUGUUUCAUCACUGAUUAUUGUGAUAAUUAUUACGCAAAAAAAAAUAUUGGAGAAAUUUCCUAUUUCUCCAAUAGGAAAAGAAAAAAAAUCAAUUUCUUCGGGAAAGAGCAGAAUAACUUUUUGGGAAAUAAUGUCUGGAAAACAACGCGACAUUGUUAAACUCGAUUAUCUCUACGAUAUUUGAGUGAAAUAUUGAAUGAGAUGAAAUCGCCAUCACUGCAGAAAAUAACUUCGGCAAAUCGAAUUUUUCAAAGAGGACCGAACGAUACCGACAUGGAGAUUAUUAUGCCGCCAUUUUCAAAGAUUUUUCAAGAGUUUUAAAAAAGAUAUAGCAUACCUAAACUAACGAUGUAGUACAAUCAUUAAGUGGCAAAGCGACGAUUCUUAAAUCCCUUAAAUUCGCAUGAAAGCCAAGCAUCAUAUUGGAUUUUGUUACGUGACAGUAAAUUUGUAUCAGACGCGGAUUGAUGCUGCAGCUUCCGUUAGAGACGCGCUGGCGCGUCGAAAAAAAAAUUACAUAUCGCGCCUGAUUUUAUUAUUUUUGUACAACGAAAGAAGGAGGGAGAUCGCACCGAGCGAUCUCUAAACAUUUUGCCAAACGACAAUUCUAAGUGAUUUCUAGAUCCGCGACAUAUUCGUAAUGUUUAGACGUAUUGGAAGUGCUUCCCUGUUCGAACGUGUUUCCGUUUGAAAUAUAUCGGAUCCGCCUUCGUCUAAUCGAUAUAUCGCAUCUCCAAAGAAAUUACGUAGCUUCAUGUGACUUCUCGUCAUUCGUAAGCAUCAUUUUUAUCAUUUACGUCGUACCUGAGGUUUUCCAAUGAUACAAGAGUUACGCUUUCGCGUAAAAGCUCUGUAAUAAAGUUAUAUAUCGCUGUUAUCGCACUUUGUUUGUUCGCUCUAUUAAUGUUAAUAAUUUCUUUCUGCGUCUAGUCAACCAUGUGAUAAGGAAUUUGAGUAUAGAAUCCGAUGAGAAUAUCAUAAUGUAUAUUGGGAGUUGCUACUUAAAGAACGUAUUUACUAUACAUAUAUUGUUAACGCUAGAGGGUAGAUCGGUGUUGCAUUCUCGAUUACCGUCCCUCUCUCCUGACUGUUUUAGCGAGCGUAUGUAUACGUAGACUGUAAAUACGAGACCAAGGAGUGUCGAUGGAAUGGGAAAACCGCGUCCGAAUGUGCUAUUGCUCUAUUCGAUUAUUUUUUCACGUGACAAGGCAUUCGCGCGUCGACGAUCUUCGUCGCACACUCGAAGCCAGCAGCCUAAUUUUAUGAAAAAUAAUUUCGCUAAUAACAUUAAUUAAUUAAUUAAUGAGAAACAAUAUGGAAUCUGACGUCGCAAACCAGUGAGGUCGCGAGAUAGCCUUGCCCCGUCUUCCACGUCCGAAUCGUUCCAAAUAUUUUAUAUUUUUUCGAGACGGCCCCGCAGACUGACUUUUUAGGCGAACCUAUAUGACACGAAAACGCCGGGAUUUUUUAAUAUUGUGAAAAAAAUAUAGAAAUAUAUACACUAUAGUCAUAUCUUUCUCCGAGAUGCUUCGCGACGUCACUGGGGACUCUGUAUAUUUUUGGAUACCACUUCCUUCCUUACCCUUCAUAUCUUUCCGAAAAUACGUAAUCAUAUCACAUAUCCACGUAAGAGACCAAAUACGCGAAACUGAUAAACAGAAGAAACGAGAAACAAACACACCGGGCAAUUACAUUUGUACACAUAUCUCUGAUUGUGAGUAAGUAAAACAAAUGAAAUAAAAAAAACAUUAUUUGAUAGAUAAAAGAAAUAUCAUUUGAUAGAGUACAAAAGAGAAUAGAUCAGUGCGACCCGAAAACAGUUGUUUUAUUUGCUAACUGUGGAAAGAAAAAUAAAAACAAUCUGAUUAGUCCGAUUUGUAGAUCAAAUUUCUGAAGAAAAAUAUGAAAAAAUAAACAAAUUGUAUUUAUAAUAUCCCGUUAGUUACUGCAAUCGUUAUAAAACUUUCAGAAACAUGCUGACCAAUAUGUUAUUUACUAUCACUACUACCAACGCAUUUGACAAUAUUGCGAGUAGUAAGGUGAUCAUACGUCCCAUUUCUCCAAAAUGUAUUUUUCGUUGCUUGCAAUGUUUUUGUAUUUAUGAAAGUAAAUUUCAUUUGACAUAUA